AGUGACGUGCUGUAGAUCCCCGAGCGGAAGUGCGGCGGGGCGGAAGUGCCGGUACUUCCGGCAGCGCGGGGCGGGCCGACAUGGAGGCGGCGGCGGCCGAACAGCAGCAGCAGCUCCGCAGUCUGCGGGACUUCCUGCUGGUGUACAACCGCAUGACCGAGCUCUGCUUCCGCCGCUGCGUCUCCGACCUCGGGCACCGGCUGCUGUCACGGCGCGAGGAGCGGUGCCUGGACGGCUGCGCCGGGAAGCUGGUCCGCUCCAACCACCGGCUGAUGGGCGCCUACGUGUCCUUGAUGCCCGGCAUCGUGCAGCGCCGCGCCGCCCGCACCGAGCACAGCGCGGAACCGGCCGCACCGGACGGACACGAAGCGGCUCCCGCUGAUCCCGACGCGGCUCCCGCGGGCACGUAACGGAGCCGCGGGGUCGGUGCGUUGCCGUGGCCGGGAGGUGGCUGCGGGACGGUCACCUGAUGGCAGCUCCCGUGUGGAGCCGCUGAACUGCCCGGUGUCACAGCCGGGCCAGGCCGAGCCGCGUUCUCUGCACCCACAGCAGCAGCCGGGACUGCCCGACAUGGCGGCCAAAACCGGCAGCACAACGGCACCGGGGGCAGGAGGAGGAAGGGAACGUGUAUGAGCUGCUGUGUGCACUGCAGCUCCCGGCUGGAAUCCAGCACUGACUGGGCUCCUGCUGUCCAGAACUGAACAUCUUGUGUUUGUAUUUGACCAUUUCAUGGGGUUAAUAAAACGUUUUAUGUGUCGUGC